AUGUCACUGGUAACGGUACAGCGUUCACCGACACCAAGUGAAAAUGGCAAUUUUGAUCAGGAUAUCGAUGCAUCAGAACGUGGUUCACCAACAUUCAGAGAAUCAGUUCUAAGUACGGAGUGUUAUUUUUAUGUAAAAGGCACAGCGGUGAUUUUAUUGCAGCCCGAUCGUACAAGUGUUGGUUGUCGCAAUACUGGUGGUGAAAUUGAAGGACAUUUGCAAGCAAUGCUAAAUAUAUUACCUCCUCAGGAUAAUCUUACAAUGGCUGUAAGAUUACAGCAGGCUGCAACUGAGGCUGCUAGUUCAAUAAACCAUGCUCGUUAUUUAGCUGUUGUAUCAUCUAAAUGUUAUCGGGAGAUUAACUUCCAGAAUGCCCGAGAAGUUGUUUUGCUGGGUCUUGAUUGUCUUCCAAAUAAUAAAGUCGCGAUCGGUGUGACCAUUCCGGUUCAUGCUUCAACCCGAGUGAGUUUAGAUGGUGAUGGUGGUGUGGUUGUUGACCUUGAUUCAUCAUUACAUAUAUUCAGGCCUGUUUCUGUUCAGGCUAUGUGGACGAUUUUUCAAAGAUUACAUAAAGAAUUAAUCGAUGCACAAAAUGCAAAAAGUUCAACACAGCAAUUUGGAAAAACAGCGAGGCGUUUAGUUGAUUAUUACAAUGAGCACGUAUCAUCAGACGAUGCAAUAAUUACAAUGUGGGAGCGUUCGACUUCAUGUUGUACUGGUGGAACUAGUAACGAUUUGGGAGCAACAAGUGCGGAUGCUGAGCGACUCAGUCAUGAUUAUCGUAGUGAUGACGAUUCCGUGAAAGCUCGAAUUUACGAACUGUUGAAAGAGGUGAUGCAAACUGCGGAUUUGGAUGAAGUUACGAGUAGAGAUAUCCGUUUAAAGGUAGAAGACAGCAUGCAUAUGAAACUGGAUAAAUAUAAAGAUUUUAUCAGUCGUCAAAUGAUGGUUAUUAUGGGACAGAUGGACAGAGCAUCACAGAUUUUUCCUUACCUUUAUUUGGGUACUGAAUGGAACGCAUGCGACUGGCAGUGGCUUGAAAAUAAUGGAAUUAAAUACAUUGUUAAUGUAACGAAUGAAGUCGAAAAUUUUUUUCCUGCUCGUUUAAAGUAUUUAAAAAUACGCGUUUCGGAUGAGGCUAGUACCGAAUUGUUGAAGUAUUGGAAUCAAACAAAUCACUUUAUUAAAGAAGCAAAAGAAAAAGGAGGUGCUGUACUAGUUCACUGCAAAAAAGGCAUCAGUCGGUCAUCGUCUACAGUGAUAGCUUUCGCAAUGAAGGAAUAUGGAUGGGCACUUUCGCAAGCAAUGGAACAUGUAAAAAAUAAGAGGGGUUGUAUUACACCAAAUAUUGGUUUUGUGGAACAGCUCAAGACAUUUGAAGGUAUGUUACACGCUUUCAAGAAAAGAAAUCAGUUUGAUAUUACACCAUCGACAUCAGCUGAGCCUGUUGAUUUAGUACGUUUCCGUCGUAUAAUGGACAAAAAUGAUAGGAAUGCCAUUCAUGGUGAGGAAGUUACACAUACUCGUUGUAAAAGUGAACAAUGUGUAGCAAGUAUGGUCAAAAGUUUGGUUGGUAAUUUUGAAGCGAAAGGUCGUGGCGAUGUGUUCAAUGCAAGUGAGCCUCCAUUACCGGAACGGCGGUCAAAUCGACCGCAGGUAACAUUCCGAUUGCAAAAUAUGACUGAUUGGAAGUUCCGGGAUCGCAUAACAGUACCAGUUUCAAACAAUUGCUCGAAUCGACAAGUACGCGCGCUUACUAUAUCACAGUGA